AUGGCCCUACAGGCUCCCCUCUCUCAGUUGCCUAGCCUGUCUGCCAUUGCCCCAGAUGUCUUCACGACACUACCCUCGCUCUUUACUUCGCCGCUCCAAACCCUUCGACGAUAUCGCCUGGCGCGGCUGCGAAAUGAAGCAGAUGGAUCCGGCUUGCGGAAAAUACACACAACUAGCCAAAGAGCAGGGCAACCAGCGGUAUGCAAUAUGAUCGCCCAAGACGCGAACACUUCUGAUGGCUUGCAGAGCUCUUCGAGCGUCGUCCUUCCAGAUUUCCUCGCCUCCCUUCCGCCCAACAGUCUCCGGUCGCAUUCACUCAAUUUAAAUUCCCAUCGAACUCUGCCCUGGAUGUCUAAAACGAUCUCUUCGACCGUUAUCUCUCGCUUGAAUCCCACACCAACCCUGCGCCGGAACUUGUCCAGCAUUGUUGCCGAUGCCUCAACAAGAGCCGUAUGCGGAAAGAGCAUAGUUAGAAUACCUUCAACACGGCCUUCGAUGGCUUCUUUGGUACUUGGUCCUCCUGGCCGAGGGAAUAACUCGACCUCGAGUAAGCAAUAUCGACAGUUCUCGACGACUUCUCCACUCGCCAACCAAAACAUGCUGGCCCAUGCCGAACGCACGGCAAACAACAACCCUACCAGCGCCACCGCCCAGAACGCUUUCUACUCCGCUCUCCUUCGUGCAAACAUGCCCAAGCUCGUCAUCGAACGAUACCAGUCAGGUCGAUAUGCCACCAAUCCAGCAGCGGAUGCCGCCUACCUCAAAGCUCUGCAGAUGACAGGCUCGGUUCCCGCUCCAGGCACGCCCGGCGCAAACGUCGCAGGUUCACAAGGUAACGGGCUGGGCGCCGACAAAUUACGAGCUGUCGGCCAGGCCGUCGCUGGACAGAACUACGGUGGACAAGUUAUCAUGCCUAGCAACAAAUCCGGAACAGGGGCCAAGGAAGCACCGCUCUAUGUGGUGGUGGAAGAGUCAUGGGGCGCAACCAUUCUGAAGUGGGUCCGAACGUUUCUCUGGGUCGGCUUGUCUGGCUAUUUCCUCCUGGUGGUUCUUACCAUGGUCGUGGAAAUGACCGGAAGUUUCCGGACGAGAGUCGGUCAGAACAACGAGGUACAACCCCAACAUCAGACCGUCCGCUUCAGCGAUGUACAUGGCUGCGAUGAGGCAAAGGAGGAACUACAAGAGCUGGUCGAAUUCUUGAAGAACCCGGAAAAGUUCAACCAACUCGGUGGCAAGCCUCCCAAGGGAGUUCUUUUGGUUGGGCCGCCUGGAACUGGCAAAACCAUGCUUGCUCGUGCCGUUGCUGGUGAGGCUGGUGUACCUGUCUUCUACAUGUCCGGCUCCGAAUUCGAUGAACUCUAUGUCGGUGUUGGUGCCAAACGCGUUCGGGACCUCUUCACCCAAGCGAGGAACAAGGCCCCCUCGAUCAUCUUCAUCGACGAACUCGACGCUGUUGGUGGUAAAAGAAAUGCACGUGAUCCUGCCUAUGCGAAACAGACACUCAACCAGCUCUUGACCGAGUUGGACGGAUUUAGCCCGAGCACCGGUGUUAUUCUCAUCGCUGCGACCAACUACCCUGAGUCUCUGGACAAGGCGCUCAUCCGACCUGGACGAUUUGACCGACAUGUCAACGUGCCUUUGCCUGAUGUUCGUGGCCGAAUCCAGAUUCUGAAGCAUCACAUGAGGAAUAUGCCCAUCGCUGCCGAUGUGGACGCCACCAAUCUCGCACGUGCUACAAGUGGUAUGUCCGGUGCCGACCUGGAAAAUCUCUGCAACCAAGCUGCAGUUCAUGCUUCACGGCUGAAGUACAAAAAAACCACCGCCAUGAACUUUGAGUGGGCCAAAGACAAGAUCAUGAUGGGGGCUGAAGCCAAAUCCCGUAUGAUCCGAGAAAAGGACAAGAUCCAAACCGCGUAUCACGAAGCUGGUCACACUUUGGUCAACUUGUUUACUCCCGCCAGCAAUCAGUUGUACAAAGUAACCAUUAUCCCACGUGGUCAAGCACUUGGCGUGACUCACUUCCUCCCCGAGAUGGACGAAGUGAGCAGAGGCUACGAUCAGUUCAUUGCUUCGAUUGACGUGUCAAUGGGUGGACGAGCGGCUGAGGAGCUGAUCUAUGGCCCUCACAAGGUUACAAGUGGCAUUUCGCAUGAUGUUCAGCAAGCCACACGUACCGCCUUUUAUCUCGUCACCCAGUGCGGGUACUCCGCCAAACUUGGAAAUGUUGAUCUUGCUUCCGACUACGACAAACUCUCAAGCGAGACCAAGCAAGAGAUCGAACGCGAGGUGCGUCAAAUUGUCGAAGGCGGUCGAGAACGGGCCGAUCGAAUUGUCAAAGAGAAGCGGAAAGAACUGGAAGCAUUGAAAGACGCGCUCCUGGAAUACGAAACACUGGACCGAGAAGAGAUCAUGAAGAUCCUACGCGGGGAGAAAUUGAAAAAGAUUGAAAUUGAGCUUCGUGAAGAUGAUGAUACCGACAACGGAGAUAAUGGGAGAGGAAACAAGUCACAGCCUAAGAAGGAUAAGGAGGUUGGCUCCAAAGGCAGCCUAGGGAUUAAACUCCCCGACGUGCUGCUCCCACCUGGAACGGGUGGAAGGGGAGGAGAGAAGGAAGGAGUAUCGCGGGUCAGUGAUAGAUGA